AUGUUGAGAAAGUCUUUACAUGGGGUGGUUUGUGAUCUGGAUGGAACGCUACGGAUCCCGCCCUCGCUCGAUCUCAAAGCCUUGCUAUCCUCACUCGCAAAUCGCAAGUUUCCAUCCAAGGACGAGGCCGAGCUAGCACGCCAGGCUGUAGAAAGGGCAAAGGCGCUCCGGAGCUCUGGCAAGGCAUCACUCCCCGGGGCAUUAGAGCUCUGCGACUUCAUUGAUUCAAUCCCACUGCCGCGCGCGAUCAUCACGUUGAGCAGCAGAGCUGACGUGCAGAAACACGAGGCGAAGGAGCUCGCGAGGGCGUCGAGGAGAUUUUCACCGAUUUUUGGGGGGCAGGAGAAGGUGGUGAAGCCGUCGCCCGAGCCGCUGCUGCGAGUGUGCCACAAGUGGGGCGUGGAGCCAGGCCAAGUUUUGAUGGUGGGCGAUUCUGCGAAGUAUGAUGUCGCCUGCGGCAACAGCGCAGGAGCAAUCACUUGCCUCAUUGAUCCGCUGUUUCGAUACAGGAUUGACGAGCUCACCGGCGAGCGGCGGCCUGAUUUCGUCGUCCAUUCCCUCCACGAGAUCCAAGAACUCAUCAGAAAGAUCGGCUACGUUCCCUUUGAUUGUAAAUUUGAUUAG